AUGAAGAAAGAGAAAAAUGAAGAAUUUUGGCGAGGCCUUUUCAACGACAUUAAAUUCGAACGAAGUCCAGAAGGAAAUUUCAACUUUAAACUGAUAUCGAACAAGUCGGAAUCAAGAGAGACUGGCGUCGAAUAUGAUCACCGAAUAUCUUACGUGCAAGAGGAAUCGCAAGCAGAACUGGCGGGGCUGAGUGAAAACAUGAGAGUCCUCCGCGUCAACAAGCAAUGGAUCGGUCAAAUGGAACAUAACGAGGUAGCCCAGCUUAUCAAAAAGACGGCUAAAGCGUUAGCCUUGCGUGUUGUUCAUUCUGAAGCAGAUCCAGAUUACAAAGAACGCGACGAAAAACUUGUCGAGAAAGGGUACAAGUUUCUAUUAGUUGAAAAGAAGAAAGGAAAAGGACUUGGUUUGAAUAUUGAGACAGAAAUGGAGGCCACAGAGGGAAAUCCCCGAUGGAAACACAUUGUUGUCAGUGUUGAUGGAGGAAGUGUGGCUGAUAGCGCUGGAUUUUCUCCAGGCCACAUUAUUGUUAGAUUAAAUGGAUUUGAUCUGUCAUCUUAUAACAGGAGAGAAUUUACGUCGAUAGCGCAAAACUUUAUGAGCAACGAGCAGAUUUCCUUUAUUGUGGCGAUUCCCGAUUUUGAACGACGAGAAUCAUCAUCCAGCGAGGAGUUGUCUGAACCACCGAGCAAAAGAGGAAAACGCAUCUCGGAGGGUCGAUAUUCUCUCGAUGAAAUUCAGAACGAGCACAUUACCAUUGACGGAGAAGAAGAUGCAAAUGUGACCAGGACGGCCCCAGUCUCUGUCGAAGCUGAAACGCUCCAGGCAGAAGAAUCUCUGCCGGUUGCAGCGCCGAGAGUUUUACCGCGAGCAAACGAUUUGCCGAAAGCACGACUUUUGCGAUUAGUGAAAUCAUCAACUGGCUCUUACGGAAUCUCGAUGAAAACAGAUCCGGAAAUCGGUUUGCAUUGCAUAUCGCUUGUUGCUAAAAGCCAACCAGGCGCACUAGCUGGGCUACUUGUUGAUGACUGUAUCUGGGAAAUCAACGGGGAGCCUGUCAGUAAAGCGGAUAGCGUGAAAGAACGCAUGCAAAAAUAUCCACACCACGUAGUGCUGCUCGUUACGAGUAAAACUGAAGCAAAAUGGUUUCUUAAUGCGGGAUCGAGGCCUGAUGAGUUUUUGGCCGAGAAAUGGGCACUGCGCUAUGGUGAAAGUGGAAUCCCACGCGAAGUCGAGAUUUUUGCUGGAGAGGAAAAAAUGGGAUUUGCUUUUAAAUCCGCUGCUACUGACAAAGAAAAUAACUUUGGCGAACAUUUUAUCACUUCAGUGACCAAAGAUGGGCUUGCGCACAAGGCAGGAAUGGAAGAAGAAGAUGUCAUCAUUAUCGCAAACGGAACCAACACGGAAACACUAGGACACGAAGAAGUUAUUAGUGUUAUAAAAUCUAGUAUGAAUCCAGUCAAGCUGACGCUCAUCAACAGAAAACUAAAUCAGGCCUACAAGAGGCUUCUGAUUAAUCCAGCAGAUACUGAUUUGAUUCGCGAACUGAACAAGUUCGAGCUCAAAACAGAACCAACAGUCUCAAUUCCACCUCCUUCAUAUUCUCAAGAAGACAAAGAAUUAACGACCGAAGAAGUGAUCGAAGAAAUUGCAGCUCGACAGACGGCGAUACCCGAGACGGAGAAAAUAGAAAGUCAGCCAAAGGAAACUGUAAAAAGAACCAAAACAAGGGAAAGUGAGCGAGAGCACAGAAAGAACGUAGUACUCGCUCAACAACCACGAAUAGUCACACUCAACCGAACGAACUCGUCAGAACUCAUCGGAUUCGAAUAUAGCUCUGACAAACAAAAUCAUCAUUUUGUUAGCACUAUUUAUGAAGAAACAGCUGCAGAUAUUGCUGGACUCCUCACAAAUGAUCGAAUACUUGAAAUCAACAGCGAAGAAGUCUCUGGCUAUAGCCGCGAAGAAGUAGAUAAGCUUUUGAAUGAAGAUACAAAUGUAGAGCUUCUGGUUGUUGAUGAAGCCACUUUGAUAACGUUAGAAGAGCGCGGAAUAAAGAUCACUGCGCAACUCGCUCGCGGAAUUGAUGAGCCCGAAGCAAUUAAAACAUCUGGCGCCACAGUAAGCAGAGCCGCCUCAACAAAAAUCGUUCCAUUGCCAAACACGCCCCAACCUCUUCCUCGUUUGGUUUUGUUGAAGAAGAAAAAUCAAACGUUUGGUAUCGAGAUUGGUACGGAAGACGAUAAAUUCGGAGCCAGCUCGCAUCGACUUAUUUCAAUUGCUUCGUCGGGACCUGCCGCAAAAACUUCUGCAAGGAUCGGCGAUUACUUGCUGGAAAUCAAUGAAAUUCCCGUCGCAGGCAAAAACCAUGAUGAUUUGAAGCUUUUAAUUCAAAACGCUGGCAAGAGAAUGGUUCUGCUGCUGGCUGAUUUAGAAUCCAUGGAUUGGCAUUUCGAUCGGCAACGAAUGAUCGACCCAUCUGAUGCAGUUCAAAUUCCUUUGGCGGAGUUUGAUAGCUCUGAAUCAGAAACCGAAGCUUCUUCCAUCGAUUAG